AGCAGUUCUUGGAAUGUUUGUUGCAGAAAGUGUAACUCCUACUGUUGAGCUCAAUGCACUGUGUGUGAAACUGGGAAGAAAACCGAUGUACAAGCCUGUCGACCCUCACUCUCGGAUGCAGUCCACUUACAACUACAGCAUGCGUGGAGGGGCUUAUCCCCCCAGGUACUUUUACCCAUUUCCAGUUCCACCCUUACUUUACCAAGUUGAACUUUCUGUGGGAGGACAGCAGUUUAAUGGGAAAGGAAAGACGAGACAAGCUGCAAAACAUGAUGCUACCACCAAAGCGCUGAGGAUCCUGCAGAACGAGCCCCCACCCGAAAGGCUGGAGUCAUUCUUCUUUCAGAUGAAUGGAAAAGAAUCAGAAGAAGAAAAUCUCAAUAAAUCAGAAAUAAGUCAAGUCUUUGAGAUUGCACUGAAACGGAACUUGCCUGUGAAUUUUGAGUCUUUCCCUCUGACACAGGUGGCCCGGGAGAGUGGCCCGCCCCACAUGAAGAACUUUGUGACCAGGGUUUCAGUUGGGGAAUUUGUAGGGGAAGGUGAAGGGAAGAGCAAGAAAAUUUCAAAGAAGAAUGCAGCCAGGGCUGUGCUGGAGGAGCUGAGGAAGCUGCCACCUCUGCCCACAGUGGAGCGAGUGAAGCCCAGAAUCAAGAAGAAAAGCAAACCCACAGGCAAGCUGCAGACAGGCCCAGAAUAUGGCCAAGGAAUGAACCCCAUCAGCAGACUGGCUCAGAUCCAACAGGCCAAAAAGGAGAAGGAGCCGGAAUACAUGCUCCUCACAGAGCGAGGCCUCCCUCGCCGCAGGGAGUUUGUGAUGCAGGUCAAAGUUGGGAACCACACUGCAGAAGGAGCAGGCACCAACAAGAAGGUGGCCAAGCGCAACGCCGCAGAGAACAUGCUGGAGAUCCUGGGGUUCAAAGUCCCACAGGCGCAGCCCACCAAGCCAGCGCUCAAGUCAGAGGAGAAGACCCCAGUAAAGAAACCAGGUGACGGAAGAAAAGUAACGUUUUUUGAACCUAGUGUUGGAGAUGAAAAUGGAACUAGUAAUAAAGAGGAUGAGUUCAGGAUGCCUUAUCUUAGCCAUCAGCAGCUGCCAGCUGGAAUCCUUCCCAUGGUGCCAGAGGUUGCCCAAGCAGUUGGAGUUAGCCAAGGACAUCACACCAAAGAUUUCACCAGGGUGGCUCCAAAUCCUGCCAAGGCCACGGUAACUGCCAUGAUAGCCCGAGAGUUGUUGUAUGGGGGCACCUCGCCCACAGCCGAGACCAUUUUAAAGAGUAACAUCUCUUCAGGCCACGUACCCCACGGACCUCUCACAAGACCCUCUGAGCAACUGGACUAUCUUUCCAGAGUCCAGGGAUUCCAGGUUGAAUACAAAGACUUCCCCAAGAACAACAAGAAUGAGUUUGUGUCUCUCAUCAAUUGCUCCUCUCAGCCACCCCUCAUCAGCCAUGGAAUUGGCAAAGAUGUGGAGUCCUGUCACGAUAUGGCUGCGCUUAACAUUUUAAAAUUGCUGUCUGAGUUGGACCAACAGAGUACAGAGAUGCCAAGAACAGGAAAUGGACCAGCAUCAGCGUGUGGGAGGUGCUGAACCUAUGCUGAACCACUAUAAAAUCCCAAUAUACUGAAUAUACUGAAAACUUUGAAAAUUUGGAAUUUCUGAUACCUCCAGAGGCUGGGACAUGGUGGAUAAGAGGGAGUCAGCAGUGAUGAAGAUGACCGGACUCCAGGCAGUGGCCAUGAUCAUUUGGGGCUGCUAGUGACAGUUUCUGCCAGCCUGCAUCCCACUAGGAGCAGCGGCUGGGGGAGCUGUCUGCCCAUCAGCCUGGCUCCAUGGGAGACCAGCACCUCGUUUUGUUUUUUUGUUUUUUUUUAAUGAUUUGCUCUGUGAAGAGAAACAGAAGGCAUGACCCAUCUUCAGAGUGACACACAAGACACUCUGGGACAUCCCUGGACAGCACACCAGAGAGAGGCCUUAGACCGGCCCCAGAGCUCAAAACACCAGAGAAAAUCCAAUGCUUCCUACUCUGCGUCACUAACUCGGUGCGCUCUGGCCCGCCUCAGCAGUACCCACCGUAACCACUGCUUUCUCUUCCAACAGUGACGCCUCUUGUUAGCUUUGUUUUUUUGAUUGAGAUGACACUAUAUAAAAUUUCCAUUUCAGUUUCUCAGUUAUCUAGUUAUAUUGCAGUUUAGAAACUUGUCCGAGACCAACACCAUCAGUAAUCUAACCGGCAACGAUCAUAGCCCUAUGCCUGCGAUUACUCAUUUCUGUUGUGCCAGACUAACCCAGGACUGUUAACAGCGACAGCGCUGUGUGUCUCUGGCUUGGCUGGAACAGUUCUGGACUUCUCAGAAACCUUGACGUCUCCCACCGUUGUAUAAAUAGGACAGCUUAGGAAUUUUAAACUUUAGGUUUAAAAAAAUAUUUGGUCUUUUUCUAUUUAGUUUUUAACAGCAGACUUAAGCAAAUGAACAAUUAUAGAAAUUGUGUCUACCCACACGUCUCUUGAGGAUGCCACCUGUGUGUGGGCCUGGAAGCCCGCAGGCUGGCAUCCCUGGAGUGUUCCAUGCCAUCAACACCUCCAUGGAGGGAAGCAAGCAGGUGCUCUGGUGUGGCGUGCACACAUGCAUGAGCUCAGCACUGCUUCCACUCAUGGAUUACGCUGGAACCUUUUCCCCCAUGGAAUGUAAGUAAACAGUGUUUGUCAUCAAUAAAUGGUAAUACUAAAUUUUUUUUGUUAAUUUAUUUUCCAAUGCCACUACUGCUAGGUUGGUUCCCCUCUGAGACAUCCCUUCCCUUUUUUAAAGAAGAAAUUUGUAAUGCUUGUGAUUCCAUCUGGGCAAAAAUCUAAAGAUCUGAACUAUCUUUAUAUCAAACGUUGAUCAAUAAACAGCUACUAAUGAA